UUCCCCCCUCGGAAUCCCCCAUCCACUCCCUUACUUCCGUAUUUCUCCUCUUCUGGCCGAAUUGGCGUUGCCCUGCUAGUUGUCGCAUAUACCGUCUGAUCAUCUAAGCCGCGCUGGUGCAAAUAACGGGUCCUUUCUGGAGGCUCCGCUGCCUAAACCACACUCCCCUACUAACCCGACUGCUUCCCCACCCGACGUCGAGCUUUGGUUGUGCUGCUUCCGCCAGAUACCCUCGAGAGGGGAGAGGGUCUGAGUGUUCCGGAGUGGUAGUAACGGUCCACGCAGGCCAUUGGAAGAGUCGCCGCAACCCAGGUUACGUAUCGGACGCAAACCAUGUCGGACAAAGACGCGGAGAAGCCGUUUGCGGCGGGCGUGGUGGCGGACCAACGUGACGAUGCAUCCACGCCGUCGUCCAAGACUACACGACCUCCAUCCUCAACCUCUACCGUGGCCGCGUCGAAUCCGGAGGAGCAGCGCGAGCUGGCCAGGCAGAACAACCCCAAUGGCUUCUCCCAGACUGCGGGCGUUUCUGUGGAGCGAGCCGAGGCCGAUUUCGCCGAGCUCCAGAGGGAGCUUUCCGGACUAUCGCGAGCCAGCCGGACCCGUAGCCGGAAGGAGACUACUGACGUCGAGAAGGGCAUCGAUGCCACCCUCGACGCGCCCUCGUCCGAGGACUCGGGAGAGGUCUUCGACCUCGAGAACACCCUGCGCGGCGGUCUCGAUGCCGAGCGGAAAGCCGGCAUCAAGCCGAAGCAUAUCGGCGUUUACUGGGAUGGGCUAACGGUCAAGGGCAUGGGCGGAACCACCAACUUUGUGAAGACAUUCCCCGACGCGUUUGUCGACUUUUUCGAUUACUGGACCCCGUUGAUGGACCUCUUAGGCAGGGGCAGUAGGGGUACCGAGGUCACGAUCCUCGACAAUUUCAAGGGCGUCGUGAAUCCUGGCGAGAUGGUCCUCGUUCUCGGGAAACCGGGAUCGGGUUGCACAACAUUUCUCAAGUCCAUCGCCAAUCAGCGGUGGGGGUACACCGACGUCGCCGGUGAGGUUCUCUAUGGGCCCUUUACCGCUAAGGACUUCAAGCAGUACCGCGGUGAGGCUGUCUACAACCAGGAAGACGACAUUCACCACGCCACUCUUACCGUGGAGCAGACCUUGGGCUUCGCACUGGACACCAAGGUGGGAAAGAAACUACCGGCCGGCAUGACUAAGAACAAAUUCAAGGAGGAUGUGAUAACGACACUCCUCAAGAUGUUCAACAUCGAGCACACUCGCAAGACCGUGGUCGGUGAUGCUCUUGUCCGUGGCGUUUCUGGCGGAGAGAGGAAGCGUGUUUCCAUCGCCGAGAUGAUGAUCACCAACGCUUGCAUUCUGUCGUGGGACAACAGCACCCGCGGUUUAGAUGCGAGCACCGCUCUCGACUUCGUCAAGUCGCUCCGAAUUCAAACCGACCUCUACAAGACCUCGACAUUCGUCUCCCUGUACCAAGCGUCCGAGAAUAUCUAUCGCCAAUUUGAUAAGGUGCUGGUCAUCGAUGCUGGUAAGCAGGUAUACUUCGGCCCUGCCGCUGAGGCGCGAGCCUACUUCGAGGGGCUCGGAUUCCUGCCGCGCCCGCGACAGACGACGCCCGACUACGUUACCGGCUGCACCGACGAGUUCGAGCGCGCCUACUCAGACGGCUACUCGCCGUCGAACGCUCCUCACAGCCCCGAGACCUUAGCCGAAGCGUUCGAGAAGUCCCGGUUCUCUCAGCAGCUGAAUAACGAGAUGGUCGAAUACAAGACUAAACUCGAGCACGAGCGUGAGGUUGCCCGCCACGACGAUUUCCGUCUUGCCGUCCGCGAAAGCAAGCGCGGCGGCGCGAAGCAUUCCGUCUACAGCGUAGGAUUUCACCUGCAGGUCUGGGCCCUCAUGAAGCGCCAAUUUGUCCUCAAGCUACAGGAUAAACUCAGUCUCUCGUUGUCUUGGUUCCGCAGUAUCAUCAUCGGAAUUGUUCUCGGCACGCUCUAUCUGAAUCUGCAACAAACCUCGGCCAGCGCCUUCGGUAAGGGUGGUCUUCUGUUCAUCUCGCUCCUCUUCAACGCUUUCGAGGCCUUCUCCGAAUUAGGAUCCACUAUGACGGGCCGGCCGAUCGUGAAUAAGCACAAGGCUUAUACCUUCCAUCGACCCUCGGCGUUGUGGAUAGCUCAAAUCUUCGUGGACACGGCAUUCUCGGCAGUUCGGAUUCUGGUGUUCUCGAUCAUUGUCUACUUCAUGUCCAACUUGACCAGAACAGCGGGCGCAUUCUUCACAUUCUACCUCAUGAUUCUGGUGGGAAACAUCGCUAUGACCCUUUACUUCCGCAUCAUCGCUUGCCUAAGUCCAGAUUUCGACUACGCUAUCAAGUUUGCUGUCGUCACGGUUACUUUGUUCAUCCUCACGUCCGGUUAUCUCAUUCAGUAUCAGCAGCAACAGGUUUGGCUGCGAUGGAUCUUUUGGAUCAAUGCGUUGGGUCUAGCUUUUUCCAGUCUGAUGGCGAACGAGUUUGGCAACAGUCGGUUGACAUGCUCGUCGGAGUCGCUCAUUCCUUCUGGGCCUGAAUAUAACAACAUCAGCCAUCAGGUUUGCACCUUGCCCGGGUCCACGCCCGGUAGCGUUGAAGUGCUCGGUGCCGAGUACAUCACACAGGGAUUUGCCUACGCGCCCGGGGAUCUAUGGCGAAACUUCGGAAUCAUCAUGGCCAUCAUCGUAUUCUUCCUCAUCAUGAAUGUCGUGUUGGGCGAGUUCGUCAAGUACGGUAUGGGUGGUAACCAGGCCAAGGUCUUCGCUAAGCCCAACCCCGAGCGAACGGCGCUCAACGAGGUUCUCAAGAACAAGCGACUUGAACGACAGAAGUCGAAGCAGGAGGAAGAGGGAAGCACGUUGAAGAUCGAGUCCAGCAGCAUCUUAACAUGGGAGAAUCUCAAUUACGACGUCCCAGUUCCUGGUGGUACUCGCCGUUUGCUCAAUAAUGUCUAUGGUUACUGCAAGCCCGGCCAGCUGACUGCCCUCAUGGGUGCAUCUGGGGCCGGAAAAACGACACUGCUAGACGUUCUGGCGUCGAGGAAGAACAUCGGUGUCAUCAGCGGUGAUGUUCUCGUCGACGGCGCCAAACCCGGCAAGGAGUUCCAGCGAUCGACCUCGUACGCCGAGCAGCUCGACAUGCACGACCCGACUCAGACUGUGCGCGAAGCCCUGCGGUUCUCCGCCGAUCUCCGACAGCCCAUCGAGACCCCGCGCGAGGAAAAAUACUCUUAUGUCGAGGAGAUCAUCGCCCUGUUAGAAAUGGAGCAUAUUGCGGACUGCAUCAUUGGCACGCCAGAGAUGGGACUUACGGUCGAACAGCGGAAGCGUGUCACCAUCGGUGUCGAGUUGGCGGCUAAGCCGCAGCUUCUCUUGUUCCUCGACGAGCCGACUUCGGGUCUCGACAGCCAGAGCGCUUUCAAUAUCGUCCGGUUCCUGAAGAAGCUCGCAGCCGCUGGCCAAGCCAUCCUCUGCACGAUUCACCAGCCUAACGCCGCCCUUUUCGAGAACUUUGACCGAUUGCUGCUGCUACAGAGAGGUGGCCGCUGCGUAUACUUCGGUGACAUCGGGAAGGAUGCUCAUGUGCUCCGGGACUACCUGGGGCGUCACGGUGCUGUCGCUGGUCCCUCUGACAACAUUGCCGAGUUUAUGCUGGAGGCUGUUGGUGCUGGAAGCAGUCCUCGUGUCGGUAACCGGGACUGGGCUGACAUCUGGGACGACAGCCCGGAACUUGCUAACGUCAAGGAUACCAUCUCUCAGUUCAAGGAAACUCGCAAGGCGGCUGCCUCACAGAUUGACCAGUCACUCCAACGCGAGUAUGCGUCGCCUCUACUUCACCAAUUGAAAGUCGUUAUCGCCCGCACCAACAUCUCUUUCUGGCGAUCGCCCAACUACCUCUUUACGCGCUUUUUCAACCACGUCGUCAUUGCUAUUCUCACUGGUCUGACAUACCUGCAACUCGACGACUCCCGUGGCUCACUGCAGAACAAGGUCUUCGUCAUGUUCCAGAUUACGGUCCUUCCCGCGCUGCUCAUGCCCCAAGUCGAGCUCAUGUACGUCAUCAAGCGAGCCAUCUUCUUCCGCGAGCAGCUCAGCAAGAUGUACAGCACGUUUACCUUCACUCUGGCCAUGGUCAUUGCCGAGCUGCCGUACUCGAUCAUCUGUUCCGUUGUCUUUUUUGUGCCGCUCUACUACAUCCCCGGUUUCCAGUCAGAAUCCUCCCGCGCCGGCUACCAGUACUUCAUGGUAUUGAUCACAGAGUUUUUCGCCGUCACGUUGGGUCAAGUUCUAGCCGCCAUCUCGCCGUCUAGCUUCGUCUCGAGCCAGUACGAUCCCUUCAUCGUCAUCACCUUUGCCAUGUUCUGUGGUGUGGCGAUCCCGGCACCCCAGAUGCCCGGUUUCUGGCGGGCAUGGCUGUACCAGCUGGACCCCUUCACUCGUCUCAUCGGCGGAACGGUGACCACCGCUCUCGACCAACUCGAAGUCAACUGCAGGCCCGAGGAACUGAACAGGUUCAGCGCCCCGGAGGGCCAGACAUGCGGCGAGUACAUGUCAACCUUCUUCGAUACCUACAGGGGCCCCGGGUACCUCGUGGAUAACGCGACUAGCGCCUGCGAAUACUGCGCUUACAAGCUGGGCAACCAGUUCUACGAGCCUCUCGGAUUCAGCUUCGAUCUACGGUGGAGAGAACUCGGAAUCUUCCUAGCCUUCGUCGGUAGCAAUUUGAUAAUCUUAUUCACCGCGAGCCGAUAUUUGAACUUCAACCGAAGGUGAUGUACCCGAAACAGGAGGGGUGGGGGUACGAUGACGACGGGAACAAUAAUUACGACGGUGGUAAUGAGUGUCCCAAUCAAUAUACGGGACGGCUAAUGAAGAAAGGCUUUGCCUGAUUUGCGAUGUGCAAGGGGCACAUGAGAAGGGGGUAGGUAAAGCAACGACAGAAGCGGGAAGGAGUAUUUCGAUAUAAAGGUCUCCCCCGCGGAUUCGAGGGUUCGGAUCCAAAAACGCAUAGGCAUAGAGACGGCGUUGCGCUCCAUAGCCCAGGCACGGAGACCUGGCGUAUGUUCUAAGAGACAUCGAGUCAAUCUUCACGUAUUUUUACAUAGGAUAGAAGCUAGCGCGACUUGACGCCCCGGCGAUCUGCUUACUUGCCCACACUGGGCUAUUAAUAAAAUCGACACUAGUCGAUAAUUCCGAAUUACACGAGCUGUCAUCAAGCUUAUGGCCCUUGCCAUACGCCUAUCAUAUA